CUUGAACUAACCAUACAGGGUUCUCAAUAUGUAAUGAAGAAAUCCUUUUAUAUUCAAAUUAAUUUAACUACAAAUCGUUUACGACUCAUAGCUUCAAAUGGAUCAGUUUGUUUUGGUUUGCCAACAAGAAAAACGUGCGAAAAUUCCAAAACGCUUUCAAUGUUCCAAUAUCAAAUCGAAUCAGCAAUAAAAUUAAAGCGAAAAAUAUACUUUCAAAUUACAACUUAUUUUAAUGUGAACUCCUAUACAUUGGCACAAUAAAUUAGUUAUGUCAACCGUUUAAAUAAUAGCCUGUGUUUAAAAUACAAAUUACAAACGUAACUAAAUAAUGUGGCGAAAUAACCAAAGCAUGUUUAUACUUCCAUUAGCAUUUCAAGUGUGUAUAAUAAUCAGCCGGAUAAUCACAUUACCCGGGAUUACUAGCACACAAGGCCCAAGAGCGGUGCUAUCCGAAAAUCAGAGUUCUUUUAUUCUAAGGGACUGCACAAAUACUGAUGAAAUCAUUAUAUAAUUCUUUUUCAUUUGGCUUUAAUAAGGUAGUGUGUGUUGAAUGAUUAAUAUUCACAUAUUUCCAAAAAUGAUCGUAUAGCUCGUCGGCUGCAGUGCAGUUGAACAGUCCGCUGAAAUACGUUCCUUUAUUCACAUUAAGAUUACUUUCAAGUGGUUAUAUGAUUUCAGAUUCUAUACGUGAAAUAAUAUCCGUAGCCGGGCAAUUAAAUUGCAUCAAAAAGAAAUCAUGAGCUGGAAAAUACUUCCCUAUUGUUAUACUAUAUCAUUGUUAAAGGGGUUUAACAAUACCGCCAGUAAACAUAGCAACACUCUUCUUGCAAGUAGCUGUCUGACUAUCGUAGCAUUUAGGUUACUGCAUUAUUGGAGAACACGAUCGAAAAUUGUUGUCCCCAAUUUAGACACCAAAGAAGUAAUCAUCAUUACAGGAUGUGAUUCGGGUUUAGGCUACAAUAUGGCACGCAUUUGUCUGCAGGCCGGCAUGACAGUGAUGGCGACGUGCGUUAGUCAAGAUUCGGAAGGGUACAAAUAUUUGAAAUCUCAAGAAACAGGACAAGCGAUCAUCUUCAUCAUGGAUCUCAACGACCAGCAGAGCAUUGAAGAUACACAUCGACAAAUACGGAAGUGGUUUACAGCAACCAGAGAAAAUGGCUCUGUCCAUUUAUACGCACUUGUUAAUAACGCUGGGGUUAUGUGUUUCGGUGAAGCAGAAUGGCUGACAACUAAUUUAGCCAAACUGCAACUUAACGUUAACGCAAUCGGUACUAUGUUAUUUACCAUUCCACUGCUUGAUAUGGUGAGAGAGGACCGAUCUCGAUUGGUUAUUGUUACUAGCCACUGUGGACGACAAGCAUUGCCGGGAUUGAGUGUUUACUCUGCUACCAAGGCAGCGCUCCGUGCGUGGACUGAUGCCGUACGCAUGGAGCUUUUGUGUCAUAGCGUUCCCGUCAUAGAAUUUAUGCCCGGGUCAUUUGUAUUCCAUUCCAAUAUCUGUUCUCGACAGGCACAAUACUUUGAUGAAAUGUGGUCGAACCUUAAUUCAGCACAACGCACGCUAUAUGAAGAUUACUUCCGCCGUUAUCGGGAAUAUCUUGAGCCUCUGUGUCAAAGACGCCAGGUGGAAAACUUUAAAGAGAACGAUCCAUUAACCGUUUGCAUUCGUCGCGUACUAUUUGAUGAAAGACCUAAAUCGUAUUACGUAUGUGAACCGUGGCGUUAUUUUUUCUAUUAUAAUGCUUUUCGUUUGCUUCCCAAAAUCAUUACGGAUAGACUUGUACGAAGAUUUUUAGCGAUGCCAGUAUUUUGAAGAAAAAAAAAUAUGCUUCUAAUAAAAUAAUUGUUAAUCUAUCAAAAGUAAA